AUGGAGGCCAUCACCGAGCUCCGGGCCCAGCUGCACGCCCACCUCACCAGCAUGUACGCCACGGGUGCCGUGGACGCGUAUUUCCAGCAGCUGCAGGAGCUGGACGAAAGCAGUGCAGGCACGGGCUACGUGGCCGAAGUCCUCAACAUCUUCCUCAAUGACGGCGACAGGAUCCUCACGGACAUCGACGGCCUGCUGAACCAGCCCCUGCACGAGGUGGACUUCUGCAAGGUGGACGCCCUGGUGCAGCAACUCAAGGGGAGCAGUUCCACUGUUGGUGCUAGGAAAGUGAAUCUCGCUUGCAUGGACUUCCAAAAGUUCUACGUGGCAAAAAACAAAAAAGGAUGCCUCAUGGCAUUGGCUCUUCUUAAGGGUGAUUUCUGUGACGUGCGCAACAAACUCCAGACUUUGAUGCAGCUAGAGCAGCAGAUCGCGUCCUUGGUUAGUAUGUGGUAG